UGUUAAUGAGGCGGCAGCACGGGCAGCGGGAGAGCAUUUAAAAGGGGACGAGCGGGGGGGAACGCGGCAGAGCUCGGGCAGCAGCACCGCCCGCAGCCGCUCCUUCCCACCUCGAGGACGGGAAAGCAAGACCGAACCCCGCUGCGUGCGCUCGGGUACCUGCCGGCUCGCCAUGAAGCUCCUGACGGCAGCCUUGCUUCUGCUGUUCAUUGCGAUGUGCUUAGCCAGUGCGGAAGGUGUGAAGUGCAAGUGCUCGAGGAAAGGGCCGAAGAUAAGAUUCUCUAAUGUACGGAAGCUGGAAAUAAAACCGAGGUACCCAUUUUGUGUGGAGGAGAUGAUUAUCGUGACUCUGUGGACGAAAGUGAGAGGUGAGCAGCAGCACUGCCUGAACCCCAAACGCCAGAACACAGUGAGGCUGCUGAAGUGGUACCGAGUAUGGAAAGAGAAGGGCAGGGUUUAUGAAGAAUAGGAGGCGGCGGUACGAGGAAUGGAGAGGACUCCCUUGGCUGGCGUAGGACUGGGCUCUGCAGAAGAUUAUUUCUCUCACAGGCAUAAGACAAAUUCUAUAUUAUUAUAAAGCACUUUCUACCAAGGGUCAGUUUUUACAUUUUAUAGCCGUGUGCAAAAGGCUUCCAGAUUUCACAAGCAUCUGUUGCACUUCUGAUUUCACACCUGCCUGCAUCAUAUCGAGGUUGGGGGAAAAACAACAACAACAA